AUGUGUGAAAUUGUUACCUGGAAUCUUUCAGGCAUUCAGUAAAAAGAAGAUUGAUGACAGAAAAGAAUGGUUAACAAAUUUCAUGGAAGACCGGAGACAGCGUAGGUUACAUGGCUUACCAGAGCAAUUUUUGUAUGGUACAGCAACAAAGCAUUUGACUUACAAUGAUUUCAUCAACAAGGAAUUGAUUCUCUUCUCAAACUCAGACAAUGAAAGAUCUAUACCAUCUCUUGUUGAUGGUUUUAAACCAGGACAACGAAAAGUUUUAUUUACCUGUUUCAAGAGGAAUGAUAAGCGUGAAGUAAAAGUUGCCCAGUUGGCUGGAUCUGUUGCGGAAAUGUCUGCUUAUCAUCAUGGAGAACAAGCAUUGAUGAUGACGAUUGUGAAUUUGGCUCAGAACUUUGUGGGAAGCAACAACAUUAACUUGCUUCAGCCUAUUGGUCAGUUUGGAACUCGGCUUCAUGGUGGCAAAGAUGCUGCAAGCCCUCGUUAUAUUUUCACAAUGUUAAGCUCUUUAUCAAGACUGCUUUUUCCUGCUGUGGAUGACAACCUGCUUAAAUUCCUUUAUGAUGAUAAUCAACGCGUUGAGCCUGAGUGGUAUAUUCCUAUAAUUCCCAUGGUUUUAAUAAAUGGUGCUGAGGGCAUUGGUACUGGAUGGGCUUGUAAACUACCCAACUAUGAUGCUAGGGAAAUUGUGAACAAUGUCAGACGAAUGCUAGAUGGCUUGGAUCCUCAUCCUAUGGUAAUUAUUUAGAACUUUCUGCUUACAUUGUUUAUUUAACAAAUGAUGUAUGAACUACAAAGUCCAGUCAUUUUAGAAAAGUUAAUGGAACCCUUUGCAUUUUGGAAUAUAUU